AAGAAUCCUUUCUCUCGUCGUUGCAAAGAAGGAGGAUCCAUUUGACAAUUAAUUAGGUCAAGUCCUCUCGUAUCGACAUUCCACGCACUGGUACCAUGAAGUUACCUGGCUCUCUCUCACCAUUGGCACUCGGGUCGAUUGCGUUCGUGACUGUCCUCUCGACGGUACGAGGGUUUACUCCCACGGUAAGGCUGUCUCUCGCAUCGACCCCGUUCGUUCGCUCCACGCGUACACGUCCCCCCACGUCACUCGGUGUAUCCAAUCCGUUGCGAACGGAACGCACGCAACCGGUGGUUUCCGCCAACACAGUCUCGACUUUGCCCGAAACCAAGCCCUCUUCCCCCUCCAGUGUAUUCGGACGACCCUUGGACGAGUCCACCAAGCAGCGCAAUCGUCAACUGGUGCAUCAGCUCAAGAGUGUCUUGUUCGAUCAAGUUUACCGCGGCGACACCAUGGACCGCGCCUUUGCCCGCUUUUACGCGCUCGAAACCAUCGCCCGCAUGCCCUACUUUUCCUACCUCAGCGUGUUGCAUCUCUGGGAAACACUGGGCAUGUGGCGACGGGCCGAGUAUCUCCAGGUACACUUUGCCGAAUCCUGGAACGAACUGCACCACUUGCUCAUUAUGGAAGAAUUGGGCGGCAACGGACGUUGGGGCGAUCGAUUCGUCGCUCAGCAUAUUGCCUUUUUUUACUACUGGAUCGUCGUCACCCUGUACGCGGUCAAUCCCACCAUGGCGUACAAUCUGAAUCAAGCUGUCGAAGAAGAAGCUUACGAGACCUACGAUGGGUUCCUGCAAACUCACGCAGAGUAUUUGCAGUCGCAACCGGCACCACAAGCGGCGAUAAGGUACUACACCGGUGACGACUUGUACCUGUUUCACGCUAUGCACUGGGAUACGCGACAGCCAAAGGAACCGGAAUCGCCAGUGGAGCAGCGACGGCCCACUUGUGAGACACUGUACGAUACAAUCCGCAACAUUCGGGACGACGAGCUGGAACACGUCAAGACCAUGGCUUGCCUGCAAGACGAGAGUGUCUAGCAAAAAGGAACAUGGGAAGACUUGCUAAAAUAGCUGUUCCGUCUCAAUUACUACUGUUACUACUAUCGCUACUCGCUAAGCAGUCAACACCUGUGGAUUCUUUGCAAAUCUUUGUUGUAAGGCUCAAGCGCUCAUGUCUUUCGCGUGCUCUAUCGCAAGUCAACGUCAUCGUCAUCCUCCAAGUCGGAAUCAUCGCCCACCCCUCCCAAGCCAUCACCGUCAUCCUCGUGAUCACUAUCCAAAGCACCAAAAUCCAAAUCAUCCAAUUCGUUAGCCAACGCAUUCCCAUCCAAAUGUGCUCCUUCGGCGACCUCCUUUUCGUAUCCAGUCUUCAUUUUACUCAGUUCUUGUAAGGUUGCCGGUUCCGUCGUCGCCUCCGGUAUCUCAUUUUUCUGCAACCGAUCCGGUUCAUUCUUCCCGCCACGCCGGCUGUUCGCAGAGGUCGAUGCCACGGGGAUGGCAUUGCUAGCCACAUUCUUUCGCGCGACACCGGUCAAGCGCAGAAGGGGCACCAAUU